AUGGGUAGCAGCACAAACGGUAGCAGACGGAGUAUCCAAUAUAUCUCCAUCAACUCCGGCCACGUCCCACCGGGAGAGUGGUGUCAGAUUGAUGGAGCGUGGAAAGUGACAGACAGUCGGGCUGGACUUGGAUGGUACAAUUUUGACCCGGAUUCGGGCUCUGUCCUGAUGGGGUCUAGCAACCUACGGCGGGGUUUAUCUCCUCUUCAAACAGAAUUGGAGGCAUUGGUUUGGGCUAUGCAAAGUAUGCUAGUCCAUAACAAACGACGGAUGAAUUUCCAAACAGAUAGCGCUCAGUUGGUGAAGAUGGUGUCCAAACCUGCCGAGUGGCCAGCUUUUGCGAUCUUGCUUGAAGAAGUGGAGCAUUGUAGAGGGAUGUUCCAGGCGUUCUCCCUCACAUACAUUCCCAGAACGAAGAACACAAGGGCAGACAAGCUAGCACGGAGUGCUCGAGCUCAGCCCCAUGAUGUGUAUUACAUAAACUCAGUUCCCCCGAUUCCGCUUCCCGGACCGGUAUAG